AUGUCGAAAGAAAGCCAACUCGAAAUAAAGGAAAAUCAGGAUCCUAAUGCAGGUUCUGAGGAACUAGUUGGUGAAGAGGGACAGGUGGAAGGAUACCAGAAAGAGGAAGGAAAAUUUAAGCUGGUUUUGUCGAUUUUAAAACAGUGCAUUGGAGUGAAAGACAUUGCAUCCUUACGUUUCAGCCUGCCAGCUCAACUUUUGGAACCAGUAGGAAAUUUGGAGUACUGGAAUUAUGUAGAUAGACCCGAUUAUUUUGCAACUAUGGGUGAUGAUGAUGAUGAUCUUGAGCGCAUGCUGUCUGUUUUACGCUGGUGGUUCACAAAGGAUUUAAGAUUUAUACGGGGUCGUGUAGUGAAACCGUACAAUUCAGUUUUAGGGGAAUUUUUUCGCUGCAAAUGGGAUGUGGAGCAGCCGUUAGUUCGUGAAGAUCAUACCAUUGAUCCUGAAUCAUCUCAUCUUCCAUUAUACAAGACGGAAUACACUGAAUCGACAAAGUACCCAAUAGGAACCGGGUACUACCGCCCUUCGACAUCUCGAUCACAAUCGAGCAAAAGCAUAAUGGGGAAGAAGACAACGAAGAAGAGCUCGAAAUAUAACGUCUCCGACGAGAACGCUUCUGCUUCCGUUCCUAACUUGAACCAGGAUUCCCUUACUUCAUCGCUUUCAAAUCUACAACCUCCAAGCUCUGCAAGUGCAAACGAACGUCACGAGUCCAUGAACCCUUCCUCCGAUUCCAUGCGCUACAAUGAUAUGCAAUCCGGACUCAAUCCUCCUCAAAAGCAUCCCGUAGUAUUCAUGGCUGAGCAAACUUCCCAUCAUCCGGCCGUCAGCGCUUAUAUUGUUACAUGUCCCUCCAAAGGAGUAGAAAUUUUCGGUCAAGAUCAAAUUUCCGUUGGGUUUACUGGAACCUCUUUUAAAGUUUCCUCUGGGCACCUCAAUAAAGGUGUCCAUGUUCGUUUCAAUCACCGAGACAAUGAAGAAUACCUAUGCACACAUCCUUCUGCUUCCGUUGGUGGAAUCCUUCGAGGCAAUUUGCAUAUUAAUAUGCAAGAUUCAACAUAUAUUACUUGUCCUAGAACCCGGAUCAAAGCUAUAAUAACUUAUGUAGAAGAACGCUGGCUUGGGAAACCAAAGAGCUUAGUGGAGGGUGUCGUUUUUCGCUAUGACCCUGAAGAUGACUGUUAUGAUACUAUAAAAUCAGUUCCCAAUGAUUGUAUUUUGGCUACCCUCAAAGGAAACUGGAGAAACUGCAUCUUCUACAACUACGCUGGUGAUUCCGAAUCGAAGAUGCUAGUUGAUUUGAAUGAACUUGAUUUAGUCCAUAAGCGCUGUCCUCCUCUAAAUAGACAAUUUCCUUUUGAAUCUCGCAAGAUUUGGUAUCCUGUUACUCAGAACAUUGUUAGCAGGCGAUACCCCCAAGCCACCAAGGCUAAGCAGGAAAUAGAAGAACAACAAAGACAAUCUUCUUCUAUGCGUCAAGAAUCGAGCACUGAAUGGAAACCACGCUUUUUUAUUCCAGACAAUGAGAACGGCCAUCCCAUUUUAACAGAAGCUGGCAAAAAUGUCCUUUUAGAAACUCUAGGUGAACACUGA